CUGCGAGUAGAACAAUAGUUCGACUGGCUCCACAAGGGAUUAAAUGGUGGAAUCUGUGAGAAAGUAAGUGCCCGCCUUAGAUAUAGGAGCCUCCCAGCCGGUCCCAGCUACACCCUGGGCUGAGAAGGCAAGAAAACUCCCUAGGCCUCAGUCUCCCCACCUGCUUUUUGGUCUUGAUUGGUGGGGGUGGGGAGGUGUGUUUAACAUACUUCGAUUUGGUGGCCAAGGGUAGCUUCCUGGAGGAAGGAGUGUCUGCUAUUGACUGUGGGGUUGAGGAUUGGAGGAUAAUGUGAGGGUUUUGUUUCUCCCACAUAAAGAGAAUUGCUCUGGCAGCUCAAAGGAGCCGGGCUGAGGUUUCCUGUAUUUUUCUUCAUGGCCACUCUGGGACAAGAUGACCAGCAGAGACCCACCCGGUCAAGAAGAGGGGAAUGGGGAAUGCUGGCCCGCUCAGUCAUCGCCUUGGAAGGAUUGUCCUGGUUGCCCUAGGCCCACAGGCCCCUGCUUGCAUUUCAUUGGUCAGAACUGUGUCACAUGAUUGUCAUAGCUGCAAGAGAGUCUAAGAGAAGGCUGGGCACACCACCACCUCAAAGCGGGUUCUUUCUGUCUUCACAGAAUAAGCCCUCCUCUGCAAAGCGGGUUCUUUCUGUCUUCACAGAAUAAGCCCUCCUCUGCAACUCUCUCCCUCCAGGGUCGGCUACAACCCUCUCCCAAGCUACCAAAAAGUCCACCUGAGGCAGCGCAAGCUCCCAGGGCCUCAAAGAGGCCCUCACAAAACAUUUUGCAAAGUCUAGACGCUGAGGGCCUGCUCUCCGCAUCUCUUCUUCGAGCUGCCCGCUGGGGGCAUGGCGCUGCCAACAAAGCCUGGCAUGUUUGAUCUGGGCCUGGGCACCUGGAGCCCUAGCUCCCAGGAGCAGAAGCACAAGGCUCGGGCACCCUCCCGGGGGGUGGGCAAGCAGCUGCCUGAGUACAAAGCGGUGGUGGUGGGUGCAAGUGGUGUAGGCAAGAGCGCGUUGACCAUCCAGCUGAACCACCAGUGCUUCGUGGAAGAUCACGACCCCACCAUCCAGGAUUCCUACUGGAAGGAGAUGGCCCUGGACCACGGAGGCUGCAUUCUGAACGUGCUGGAUACGGCAGGACAGGCCACCCAUCGGGCCCUGCGUGACCAGUGUGUGGCGAUUGGAGAUGGUGUGCUGGGUGUCUUCGCCCUCGACGACCUCUCAUCUCUAGCCCAGCUGCAGCAGAUGCGGGCCACCUGGGGCCCUCACCACACCCAGCCCCUCGUCCUUGUGGGCAACAAGUGCGACCUAGUGACCACCACCGGAGAUGCGCAUGCCGCUGCUGCAGCCCUUGCCAAGAGCUGGGGGGCCCCUUUCGUGGAGACCUCAGCCAAGACACGCCAAGGUGUGGAGGAGGCCUUUUCCCUGCUCAUCCAUGAGAUCCAAAGGUUCCGGGAGGCCAUGGCCAAGGAGGCCAUGGCAGGGCCAGGUGGGGAUAAAGCCCGGCACCAGAAAGCCAUGUGCCGCUGUGGCUGCUCCGUGGCCUGAAGAUCUUGACCUAGAAAAGCAGACCCUCCCCCAGACUAGGGUGGCGGUUCCUUCACCUGUGACCCCCCCCCAGCAACUAGCCAUGUGGGACACUGUUGGUGUACUGGGGAUAGAUGGACCCCUCUCCUAGGGAGAUUUUAUUUUGGUGAUGGGCUUUUUGGCAAUGUGGGGCGUAGUGUUGGUUGUGUCAAGUUGAGAGAUUUGGUGCAAAAUUAAAUAAAUGGU